AGGUUCGAGAAGGAUGAAUGAAGGUGUCUCGCGCCAUUGGAAUUUUGUGGGCGGUGAAAGAGGGGAAGGGAAAGUAAGGAAUAUGAUCUAACUUUUUUUUUUAUGGUCCGCGCCAGAGUCUGAAACCAUAUAUAUGGGAGGUGAUGGAGAGGAUAUGCACAGACCACCAGGGAGCUGAGCAGGACACCGAUCGCUUUGGGACUCUAAUUAACCACAAAGAGAACUACAUAAUUAACCGCAAAGAGAACUACAUCGUUCACCACUGACAGCCUUAGAGCAAUAAUUCACAACUGAGAACUGAAGACACAAACUCCAGAUCACAGACAUGGGACUGCUGCGUGUUGAAGAGCUGGUCACCGGGAAGAGAUGCGAGGGAAAGGUGGCAGAAGGUGCCUGUGCAGCGGUGUUUGCUGCAGGGGAAUAUGAGACCAGCAUCAUUCAGGAGAAACAGGAUGGUCUUCAGACACAACAGGACCUGAAUGACACCACCCUGAAUGACAUCAAACUGAGCGAAGAGAAACUCAAACUCAAUGUUGAUCGGUCAGGACAGUUAAAACUAGAAACUGUAGAAGACCUCUUUAACAUUUUGGAGUUGAGGAAGAGGAGGAAGGAAAGGAAGAUUCAAGUGCCAAAAAAACAGCCAGAGCCUGAUAUCCUGCCUGAGACAGUGGACCAAGCUUUGUUCCUAAAGGCUGUCGCAGAGAAUAAACUACCUGUUGUUGAGAAAUAUUUAUCAGAUGGUGGAGACCCCAAUGCCUGCGAUCAUUUUAAGCGCUCAGCUCUGCAUAAAGCCAGUGCACAAGGUCACACAGAGAUCAUGCAGAAGCUCCUGGAGAGUGGAGCAUCCAUGGAUCAAAAAGACAAGCUGGAUGCCUCAGCUGUGCACUGGGCCUGUAGAGGUGGAAGCCUGCCUGCCCUGGAGCUGCUUCUCAAUAAAGGAGCCAAAUUCAAUGCUAGAGACAAGCUAUGCAGCACUCCCCUCCAUGUUGCAGUUCGGACUGGACAUUACGAGUGUGCUGAGCGUCUCAUUCACUGUGGAGCUGAUGUAAAUGCUAAAGACAGGGACGGAGACACACCAAUGCACGACGCAGUGAGGAUAAAUAGAUUUAAAAUGAUAAAACUGCUGAUGAUGUAUGGAGCCAGUCUAAAUGCCAAAAACAAUGAUGGAAAGACACCAAUGGAGACUCUGCUUUCAUGGCAAAAAGGUGUGAAAAACAUCCUGAAUAACUUUAAUGAAGAGGAAGCACCAAAGCCAAAUGUACAACUUUUGUUUUGAAUGUUCUUUCUUUCUUUCUUUCUUUCAUGUGAAACAUUAAAAACUGAACAGUACUUUUCAAUUUACAUAAUGAUGACGCUAAUUGCUGGCGAUAGAGCGUCCGAAAUAUUGAUGAGGUUAUUUGUAAAUAUUGUUUUCUCACUUGUCUUGCAUGAUUUUGAGAGAAAAAGAACCUUGAGGGAGUGACACAAGACAUGAACAUAUUAUUUUAAUUUCUUUUCUAAACUUUUGAAAAAUGUCCAUGACGGUUUGAUCUACUGGGAAAAUGUCUAGACAGACUAGAGACCGAACUAUAAGUAUUCAGAAAUGGAACAGAAUGUGAAUGCUGGUCUGAGAAUGUUUAUUAUGAUGGAUAUUAUUAUUGUAGUUGAUUUGUAAUUUUGGACUGGAUUUGUGAAAGAUUUGGUAUUGGGUACAUGGGCAUCCCUUAUGAAUUGUGCAUAGCUAAAUGUGUUUUGUAAUUCUUGCACUUAAAUGUAAUUGUGAAUAGUUUUAAUCAUAUGUGAA